UUUCAUAAAGACUAGUAGUACGACAACAGUCGCCCUCUAUCGGCCUCUUUCCAAAAUAUCAGUAGAGGGGUCUAAAACUGGUCCACUCACUGAACCAACGAUACCAUGGGGGCCUACAAGUACAUGUCCGAGGUAUGGCGUAAGAAGCAGAGCGAUGUGAUGAGGUUCCUCGUCCGAGUCAGGACCUGGCAGUUCCGUCAGCUGUCGGCCAUCCACCGAGCCACCAGGCCCAUGCGUCCAGACAAAGCAAGGAGCAUGGGAUACAGGGCCAAGCAGGGAUACGUUAUCUACCGUAUCCGUCUUCGCCGUGGAGGUCGCAAGAGGCCCGUGCCCAAGGGAGCCACCUAUGGCAAGCCCACCAACCAGGGAGUCAACCAGCUCAAGUACCAGAAGUCUCUCCAGUCCACCGCUGAGGAGCGUGUCGGACGCAGGUGCGGUGCCCUCCGUGUCCUGAACAGCUACUGGAUCUGUGAGGACUCAACCUACAAAUACUUUGAGAUCAUCCUUAUUGAUCCAAUGCACAAAGCCAUCAGACGAAACCCAGACACUCAAUGGAUCACAAAGUCAGUCCACAAACAUCGCGAAUGCCGUGGACUCACCUCAGCCAGCAGGAAGAGUCGUGGUCUUGGCAAGGGACAUCUUUACAAGCAGACUUCAGGUGGUUCCAGGAAGGCAUCCUGGAAACGCAGGAACCUCCUUCGUCUCCGAAGAUACCGUUAGAACUCACUCUCAAACUCACUCUCAAACUCGUCCACAAGUCACCCACACCCUCAACAGCAAUUCUAUACCGUGUCAAGAAACCAAAGUCACUGGAAAUCUCGCUGAACGCUUCAAAGCCUUUUGUGCAGUUCUUACCGAAUGCUUCGAAGUCCUUUGUGCAGUUCUUACUGCUUCUGCAACACUUAUAUCUGGACUCGCUUGCGCACUUUCAGUACUUCUGGAGAUCUUGGUUGCGACGGCACAGUUCACCAGGACCAUCUACACUCGUCUUGUUACACCUCUCAAUACGCUCAGAACCCAUGGUACUGGAGUACUUACCAAAGCCGAUUGUCGUCACAAAAAACAUGAGGAACUCUUGGUUUUGAUAAGUUUAUUCUGAAAUUAAAGCCUGAAUAAAUACAGGAAUCAUCGUAUAUAGUA